AUGCUGGCGGAGCUGCGGCCAGAGCCGCGCGACACGAUUUCAUCUGUUUGUUUCUCCCCCAAUCACGCCAAAAAUGUGCUCGCGGCGUCCUCCUGGGAUAACAUGCUGCGCGUCUAUGACGUGGACAACUCAGAGCUGAUUUCUCAGCACGAAUUUCAAGCCGCCCCGCUGGACUGCUGCUUCCUUUCAGAUUUCAAUCGUGUUGCAGUGGGAGGAUUAACAGGGGGUAUUCAUGUCUUCGAUGUUCAUGGCGCUAAGAUCUCUCAAGUUGGCCGCCACGACGCCCCUGUUCGUUUUGUGCGUUUCCACAGACCGACGAAUCUCAUAUACUCCGGUGGAUGGGACAACACCAUUAGAGCUUGGGAUUUACGCUCUCCGAGGGAAGUUGGUAUGGGGGCGAUCCACGGCAAAGUGUAUGCGAUGGAUUUGAACGACGAUAAACUAGUGGUUUGCGACUCCAUGAAAAGGACGUACAUAUAUGACAUCCGCAACGGCGCGAAUAUGGGCAACGCGGAAUACCGCGAGUGA